AUGACCACCUAUGGCAGCGGCGUGCCCCUCUCCUACGUGACCCCCGACUUCCCGGCCCUAUACUGGCCCGUCCACGCCAACCCGGGCGAGCCGCAGUACCUGUACUUCCUGUCCGACAUCUACCGGUACACGCUGUACUGGACGCUGCUCACCAUGGUGGCCGCGCACGGGUGCGUCGCCGUCUGGGCCGUGCUCAUGCAGCUCGCCUCGGCGGACCAGCGGCGCAAGUACCUCGCCUCGCCGGCCGGACGGGCCCUGAGUCCCAAGAACCGCAUCCUGCUCGGCGGCGGCGACAGCAAAAACCCCAUCGCAGAGACGUUGGGCUGGGUCUGGCUCGUCCCCGUCGUCUACAUCGUCAUCGGGGCCAGCGAGGCUCUCCUCGCCGGCAGCUUGGUCGGCUUGGUCCUCGGCGCCGUCUACAACGCCGGGUACUUUGGGAUGAGUACCUGGACGCCGCUCUUGUGGGGGAUCAUCAAUAUGCUGGUGUUGGUGGUCAGCAGCUUUAGGAUUCAGGGUGGAUUGUGA